UAGUUGGCAACUUUUUGUUUGAGUGAAAAAGUGCUUUCUCCGAUAACAGUUGUACGGAAUCAUUCUCUGCCCAGUUUUGUGUUAAGAAUUUCCAUCGGUCACAAAUUAAAUGCAAAAAUGCUUUCCUCUGGAUCGGCUGCGAUCGGAGUGAGUGCGUUGGCCUCGACUGCGUACGGCAAUGAGCGUACCGAGGUGGCAGAAUAUGCGAACGAGGGUGGUUUCUUCCAUGCCGAUUACAAAAAGCACGAUGACUUGAAGCAAAUGCUGGACAGCAACAAGGACAGCCUAAAGCUGGAGGCAAUGAAACGCAUCAUCGGCAUGAUAGCGAAGGGGCGCGAUGCUUCCGACCUGUUCCCGGCCGUCGUAAAGAACGUGGUGUCGAAAAACAUCGAAGUGAAAAAGCUGGUGUACGUGUAUCUGGUGCGCUACGCCGAGGAGCAGCAGGAUCUUGCCCUGCUUUCGAUUUCCACCUUUCAGCGGGCACUGAAAGACCCGAACCAGCUGAUACGCGCCAGUGCGCUGCGUGUGCUUUCCAGCAUCCGGGUGUCGAUGAUUGUUCCGAUCGUGAUGUUGGCGAUCCGGGAUUCGGCAUCCGAUAUGAGCCCGUACGUGCGCAAAACUGCUGCCCAUGCAAUUCCCAAGCUGUACCAUCUCGAUCCGGAACAGAAGGACGAACUGAUUGUUGUGAUCGAAAAAUUGCUGGCCGAUCGUACGACGCUGGUGGUUGGCUCGGCGGUAAUGGCUUUCGAGGAGGUGUGCCCGGAACGGACGGAACUGAUACACAAGAACUAUCGCAAACUGUGCAACCUGCUCGCGGAUGUGGACGAGUGGGGCCAGGUGUUGAUUAUAAACAUGCUGACCCGGUACGCACGAACACAGUUCUUGGAUCCUAAUGCUGAUGAUGAUUAUGAUUACCAGGAAGCGGAAAAUAAACCAUUCUACGAGGAUGAAUCCGAUUCGGAAGCGUCAGAUAGUAAGCGGAAGGAAAGUUCCGUUUCUUCGCCACGUAAAACCUACACGCUAGAUGUGGACCAUCGGAUGCUCCUGCGUCAAACAAAACCACUGCUGCAAAGCCGCAACGCAUCCGUGGUUAUGGCCGUAGCCCAACUCUACCAUCAUGUAGCGCCACGAAACGAGGUAGAAAUUGUGGCCAAAGCGUUGAUUCGAUUGCUGCGCAGCUACAAGGAGGUGCAGAGCAUCGUGCUCACCUGCAUCGCUUCCAUGUCGAUCGAACGGAAGGCUAUCUUCGAACCGUUCAUUAAAUCGUUCUUCGUGCGUACCAGCGACCAAACGCACAUAAAGCUGCUCAAGCUGGAAAUUCUUACAAAUUUAGCUACCGGCAGCAACAUUUCGGUGAUUCUGCGCGAGUUUCAAACGUACAUUAGCAGCAAUGAUAAAGAGUUUGUCGCUUCCACGAUCCAGGCCAUCGGGCGGUGUGCCGUUUCGAUCUCGGAGGUAACGGAAACGUGUCUGUCCGGGCUGGUGCAUCUGCUGUCGAACAAAGACGAGUAUGUUGUGGCAGAAAGCGUGGUCGUGAUCAAAAAGUUGCUGCAAACGAAAAAGGAGGAACACUUUGAAAUAAUUUCUCAAAUGGCAAAGCUGCUAGACUUCAUCCAGGUACCGGCUGCACGUGCCUCGAUCCUGUGGCUUAUUGGCGAGUACAAUGAAAAGGUACCGAAGAUCGCACCGGAUGUGCUGCGCAAAGCGGUGAAAAGCUUCAUCGACGAGCAGGACAUUGUGAAGCUGCAGGUGUUGAAUCUGGCCGUGAAGCUACACAUCACCAAUCCGAAGCAAACGACCCUGCUGUGUCAACAUCUGCAUAAUCUCGCCCGGUACGAUCCUAACUACGAUAUUCGUGAUCGUGCUCGGUUUCUGAAACCGUUUCUGCUUGCCUCUCCGGACGGUGCGGAUGCGGCGGAAUCGAUUUUGGUGGCUAAGGCCAGAAGGAUCUUCCUGUCCGAGAAACCGGCCCCCACACUGGAGAGUAUGUAUCAUGGCCGACGGCAGUAUCAGUUGGGUUCACUGUCACACUACCUCAACAUGCCUACCAAUGGCUAUCAGGAUUUGCCCGCCUGGCCAACGGAAGCACCAGAUACCACGGUAAGGAACGUGGAACCACCGGCGCCGCUGGGCGGUGGAGAUUAUCUCGGUCGUUCGAGCAACGAUCGUGCGGGUAGCGGCAAUUCCGCUGUAGACGGUGAUCGUCGCAAGAAGAAAUCGAAAUCGUUUUACUCCGGAUCGGAAGAUGGAACCAGAUCCAGCACUACGGAGGAAGCUUCCACCCCAUCCGGAUCGUCAUCAUCAUCCGGUUCCGGAUCUGGAUCAUCGUCAUCGUCCGGCUCGUCAAGUUCCGGCAGUGAGUCUAGCGGUAGCGACAGUGGUAGUAGCAGCGACAGCGGUAGCGAUUCCAGUAGCAGUGGAAGCGAUGAUAGCGAUUCUGCUUCGUCCAGCGACAACGAAAAGCGCAAGCCAUCGAAGACGAUUGCUAAUGCAGCAACAAAAGCGAACCGUCGUAAGCAAGAUGCUCGACCAAUCAAGAACGCGUAUAACGAGGUGGAUGGUACGAGUCGUGCCAAGAAGGAAAAUUCGGCUGACGGUAGCGAAACUGAUACCAGCAGCAGCUACGAAUCCUCUUCAUCCGCUUCUUCCUCUGCCGAAAAGAAAAAACCGUCCUCAAAAACCCCGAUCAAAAAGCAAACGCAGAAAGCACGAGCGACCGAGAAAACGGCUUCCAAACAGGACGGCCCAGCGAAAAGCAAUUUGGAUCUUUUACUCGAUCUCGACGACAUUCCACCGAUUGGGCCGGUGAUGACGCCUUCGCUGGGUGGCUUCCUAACUCCAAUGACAUCGAGCGCCACGAAUGCGGGAGCAGAUAUGGGUGCAGGCUUCGAGCUUGUCGGGCCAAGCUUUAUCCCGAUGAAAAAGCACGAGCUACUAAACAAGGUGAACGGAUUCGGGUUGGGGAUUGAGUAUCGAUUUGUGCGCUCUCCGCAUCUGUACUCAUCUCGCAUGGUAUCGGUGGAGCUGUCCUUUACGAAUCACGGCAACGUGGAGCUGAUCGACAUUGAAAUGGGCAAGAAAAACAAUCUUCCUGCCGGGAUGGCUGUGAAUGAUUUUGCACCGAUCGGUCGUCUCAAUCCGGGCCAAACCGUUACCGGCAUGUUGGGUGUGGAUUUUAACGAUUCCACCCAACCUGUUCGGAUGGAAAUUUGUUCGGCCAGUGGGUCAAGCACGGUAACGUUGAAGGCACCGGUUGGGGAGAUGGUACGAUCGGUGUCCGUUUCGGAAAGUACGUUCGAUAGUGAACGGGCAAAGCUGCGCGGUAUGACGGAACAUUCCUGUACGCUACAGUUGAGUGAUACGCUUUCACCGGACGACAAAAGUCUGCAUCGAGCAGUGUUUGAGGCGAGCAAUGUGGCGAGUGUGGUAGCAGACCCGAAGAAGGACUCUUGCGAACGUUUCCUGUUUGCGGGGCAAACAAUGAGCUCAAAAAGUUUGGUACUGGUGGUGCUGGAAAGAAGCAGCUCGUCCAACGAUAGCAAAUCAUUUUCGCUAACCGUAAACUGUGAAAAGUUAGUGGUGGGAUCGAUGCUGCUGAACGAGCUGAAGGCGGUGCUUAAGAAGUAGAUCAUUUAUUCCGAUGAUGGGCGAAAUUAAGAAUUACUAAUCGUAUUAUAAUUUUUAUGCAAUCUCCAAUUAUGCGCACGAUGUGCAAAUGAAAACGAUUAUGCAAAUAAAUAUGAAACAUCGUUAACAAAA